AUGUCACAGAGCGAUAUACAGCCUCAGCCCGUUGGCGGCAAUCAAGAAAUCUUGCAAGCCAUCCAAGCUCUGACAAACUCUAUAGACUCAAAAGUCCAAUCUGCUUGCAAGAAGCAGAAACUCACCGACACACCUACCUUCAAGAGGGACGGUAAUCAGCAGCAAUUUUCUCAUUGCGAGAAAGUGCUGACCUUAAUCGAAACCUCGCUACAGAACAUCGAAACGCUUGACCUAGACGAAGCAAAAAGCAAUCUGAAAGAAGCAAUCAAAGCCACCAAAGAGCGUCAGAAACUAAUUCGACUCGCCGACAGAUCGGAGCUCGGCUGGGGCGUUGUCAAGGAGUACGUGGCGGAUACCCUCGCCGAGGACUCCAGCGAUGAAAAGAGAAUCAAAAAAGCCGAGAAGGCAGCCGCUGCUAAGAAACCGGCCCCCAAGAAGCGAGCCAGCAGUAGCAGCAGACCAUACCAAACCAAGACGAUGGCGGCCAAUAUGCGUACUGCUACUCCUUUUCGUCAGCAGUAUUUUCGUCCCUACCAGGGAGCCUAUCACGACAACCGUAUCUGCUUCCAAUGCGGUAUCCAAGGACAUGUGCGCACAACAUGUCCAUCCCUUCGAGCACUCCAUCAACCAAGACUGCAAGGAUCCAGAACAUCCGACAAGCAGUAGAGUCUGGGAACAUCAACUCGAUGGCAAAACACCAGAAGGAGUUCAAGGUAGAUUAAAACAAUGCAUUUCCUUUUGGAGAAGUGUUUUGAAGGCCAGUAAUUUUGUGAUAGAUGUUUUGGAUUCAGGUUAUAAAAUCCCGUUCCUAACCACUCCGCCUCAAUUCAUAGCAAAAAACAAUGCAUCUAGCCUAGACCACCCCGAGUUUGUACAACAAGCCAUUUCUGAGCUGUUGAGAAAACGGUGCAUAUACGAGGUCGAUAGUCCGCCUUACUGCUGUAACCCUCUCACAGUUGCCGUAGGGAAGAAGCUAAGAUUAGUUCUAGAUCUUCGACAUCCCAAUCAAUUUGUUUACAAGACCAAGUUCAAAUACGAAGAUCUAUCCCACAUAUCUCAAAUUCUAGAUCACAACCAGUACUAUUUCAGUUUCGAUCUCGAGUCCGGCUACCAUCAUGUUGACGUUUUCGGUCCCCAACAGAAAUACCUCGGUUUUUCUUGGAGAUCUAAGAACUCCACCACUAAAUUCUACGUGUUUCGCGUCUUACCAUUCGGUCUCUCUAGUGCGUGUUACAUAUUUACUAAGAUCACCAGGCCGCUCAUCUAUCAUUGGCGCGCACAAGGAAUCACUUCGUUUGCCUACAUCGAUGACGGCAUCAUAGUAUCCCCAGAUUUUCAUACCGCACUGCACAACUCUCUCACCGUUAAACAAACUCUAGUCAAGAGCGGAUUCGUCCCAAGUAAAACGAAGUGCAUGUGGCAUCCUCAGACUAGCAUCAAGUUCCUCGGCAUGAUCAUAGAUUCGCGCACUUUGACAUUUACCGUGCCCCCCACUAAAAUUACGAAACUUAAAGUAUCAAUCGACAAAGUCCUGUCAGAUCACGCCCUCUCCAUCCCAACCCAUGCAAAAUCUCUCGCUAGCAUCACCGGUCAAAUAAUAUCCAUGUCAGUAGCGCUAGGACCAGUAACGCGCCUCAUG